GGUAGAAAUACUGUUGGGUGACAGGUUCUUAUUUGCUCUGGGACGUGGUAGUCUUUAGCUUGGAUCGUGAGGAGGGGACAAAGACAAGAACAGCCUGACCGCCUGCCUGCCAGAGGAGUUGCUGGAGACUGUUCUGGAGCACAUCUGAUUGCUGCUGCCACAAGGCCCCGCCAGCCAGCCACAAUGUACUGCCUUCAGUGGUUGCUACCUGUCCUGCUCAUACCCAAGCCCCUCAACCCAGCGUUGUGGUUCAGUCACUCAAUGUUCAUGGGCUUCUACCUGCUCAGUUUCCUCCUGGAACGGAAACCUUGCACAAUUUGUGCCUUGGUCUUCCUGGCAGCUCUGUUCCUCAUCUGCUACAGCUGCUGGGGGAACUGCUUCUUGUAUCACUGCACAGGAUCCCAGUUGCCAGAAUCGGCUCACGAUCCCAGCAUAGUGGGCACCUAGAAAACAAUAAUCUUCCAGUCUGCUGAGGGCUCUUGUUUUGCUUUUAAAAAGGGGGUGGGCUAGGGAGGAGGGGGGGGUGUUAGGCAUGUGACUGGAGUAAAAACAGCCUGUUUCCUGUAACUGUUUGUGGACUAGAGUGGUAAAUUCCUCCCACUCUGCCUGUGAAAUUCGACUUGUUUACUGUGUGAACUCUGGCAGCACCACCUGCUUUUUUAGAACCAGAAUCCUUUUGUUUUUUUUUUUUCCCCCCCUUCCCGUAUCACCGGGAACGGACACCAGCCCUCCUAACUGAGAACUGGUGGAGGACCGAGCUGCUGGCCUCUGCCCAGCUGUUGCAUGGUGGUGGAGUUGUGUGUCACUCACUUGUCUGCAUUAGGCCACGGGGGUCUAACUCAGGGCUUUCGGCCCACUGAUUCUGCUCAAGUAGCUACAAGAUUCUCUCCAUCUUUCUCUUUGUGGGGAGCCAGCCUUCCCGCCUUGCUGAUCAAGGGCAAGCUCGACAGCUCACAGAUGCACUUGGCCAAAAGCUGCUGGAGCCAGAGGCAGUUGAGUCAUCUCCUCCUCCUCAGCCUGCCAAAGAGAUGCGUGCACUGCCGAAGUGCUUUCCGAACUACUUACGCUCCGAGAUCAUAGCCUGAAAGCCUCAGUUGUGCUGCUGCUUUUAUAAAGCCUCACAGGUAGUAGCGACUGUCUCUUCCCCUCUUCCUAGGGGUUUCCAGGGUUUACCGAGGUAUUGACUGUUGGGAUAAAGAACCAGUAUGCUGCAAGAUGCAGGGUUUUGAAAGCCACUGUGAACCUCACCCUAUAAAACUCAUGGUAGCCCAAAAAGCCAGGUGUGAGCAGGGCAGGAGAGGAUCCCGAGGUGGAGGCAUGGCUUGAAGCAGUAGAUGCUUCAGCCAUUUUCAGUCAUAAUGUUUUCGGGCCAGGGGUGACAGAAGGUGCUGGUGCUACUGACUGGUUAAGGGAGGAGGCUAGAGGAGCACCUGGUGUCUCCAUCUCUCCUAGCAGAAGGAUGUCAAGAAGCCUAGGUGGUGGUGGGUCAGUCCUACAGCCACAGCUGUGCAGAGCUCCACGCUGCAUACGUGACUCUCUGCAGCCGUGGCUCCUGGGGAGCCCAACCUGGGGCAGAAGUUUGUGAGAUGCCUUAGAGGUUCACACAAAAUACUGUCUCUAAACUUUAAAGGGUUCCUUCCCCUUUGCCAUCUGUUUGUCUUUACUUCAGUCUCAUUGGGGAGAGCAGGAGAAGUGGCUGUUGCUGUCCCGAGGAAGUUCAAGCUAUGAGGUUGUGAAACUCCCAGAGUAUUGUUUGUUCAUUGCACAGCUGUUCAAAACGUUUAAUAAAGCUUUAUAAACUUUGGUCUGUGGCCUCCUGCCCA